GCCACCUCCUUCUCUCACUCUUCAUGCAUUAUAUAUAACAAUACAACUUCUCACCCAUUUAAACCCUCCAAUUUGUUCAUCACAACACCUUGUCAUAAAUCCUAACCCUCUCUUUCAAUCUAUCUCUCUCACACACACGUGUUCUGUUUGAAUUCCUAUUUUUGGUAGUAAGAAACAACGAUGGUUGUUCUUUCUCAACAAGCUACACUAAACGAGUUAUUUCACAUAAACACAUGCAAACCAACAAGUUAUGUAUUCAAAGGUGUUCCAGAGGUUGACCUUUCAGACCCAGAAGCUAAGACACUAAUAGUCAACGCAUGUACAGAAUUUGGAUUCUUUAAGGUUGUUAACCACCAAGUUCCGUUAGAGUUGAUAACCAAUUUAGAAAAUGAAACACUCAAAUUUUUUGGACAACCUCAGUUAGAGAAAGAGAAAGCAGGUCCACCUGAUCCUUUUGGGUAUGGAAGCAAAAUUAUUGGUACAAACGGUGAUGUGGGUUGGGUUGAAUAUCUUCUUCUUAAUACUAACCCAGAUGUCAUCUCUCUCAAGUCUCUUUUUCUUUUACAGCAAAACACAAAAAACUUCAGGUGUGCUGCUGAAGAAUAUAUAGUGGCAGUGAAGGAGGUGUGUUGUGAAGUAUUGGAAUUAAUGGCAGAUGGAUUGAGGAUUGAACCAAGGAAUGUGUUUAGCAGAUUGGUGAGAGAUGAGAGAAGUGAUUCUUGUUUGAGGGUAAAUCACUACGCGGCAUGUGGAGAACUUCAAGCAUUGAGUGGAGGAAAUUUGAUUGGAUUUGGGGAGCAUACUGACCCACAGAUAAUAUCUGUCCUAAGGUCUAAUAAUGCAUCAGGACUGCAAAUUUGUCUCAGAGAUGGGACUUGGGUUUCAAUCCCACCUGAUCACACUUCUUUCUUCAUAAGUGUUGGUGACUCCUUACAGGUGAUUACAAAUGGGGAAUUAAAGAGUGUAAAGCAUAGGGUAUUGACUGACACAAGUAUGUCAAGGUUGUCAAUGAUUUAUUUUGGAGGGCCACCCUUGAAUGAAAAGUUAGUACCUUUGCCUUCAAUAUUGGGAUCAAAAGAACAACAGAGUUUGUACAAAGAAUUCACAUGGAGGGAAUACAAAAAUGCUGCUUACAAGUCAAAGCUUGCUUAUAAUAGGCUCAGUCUCUUUGAGAAAUAAUUAUUUGCUUCUCAAUGAAAUGAGGCCAAUUCAAUUGAAGGGUCACAUAUAUAUCUCCUCCAUUUUGACUAUGUAUCUAAGGAUAUACUUCAAAUAUUUGACUCUAUGCUUUGAAAUAUACAAGGAAAAUGACUUGGUUUUAUUAUCUUCUUUCUUUUUUACAUUUGCUCCCUUAAUGGAACUGUCACUGUUCUUAUGUAACAUAUAUGUUUAAUAAAAUUUCCAUCCCAUCCAAUUUUGUAUAAUAA